AUGCGCUGCCACUACGCAGUGCUGGGCAUCGCGCGCGACGCGUCAGCCGUCGAGAUCAAGCGGGCGUUUCGCCAACAGGCACUGCGGUGGCAUCCGGAUAAGCACCAGCAACAUGGCGUAUCCAGUGACGAGUCGACCGAGAAGUUCCAGAGCAUCCAGAACGCCUACGAAGUGCUCAGUGACCCGCACGAGAAGAAAUGGUACGACGACCAUCGAGAGCAGAUCUUGCGUGCCGACGACGACGACGGCGACGGCGACGACGAGAUGGACCUAUUCCGUUACUUCAGUGCCUCGGUCUAUUCGGGUUUUGGCACGGACGAAACGGGCUUUUAUUCGGUGUAUGGAGAUCUCUUUACAAAGAUUGACGAACUAGAUCGGGAUACUGGUGAUAGCAACAGGUCUGAAGCUGCACCGGGGAUAGGCCACGCUGGCACGUCGAUGAACGAUGUCAACGCGUUUUACCAGCACUGGAAGAGCUACAUGACGCAGCGCAGUUUUGCAUGGGUAGACGAGUACAAACCUAGUGAGGCACCGACAAGAGUCGUGCGACGAGCAAUGGAGAAGGAAAACAAGAAGCUACGGGAUGCAGCGAAGAAGGCGUUUACGACUGAAGUGCGCGAGUUGGUGGAUUUCGUGUGUCGUCGGGACCCCCGAGUGCAGUCAUUUCAAAAGCAAAAGCAGCAAGAAAAGGAGCAGCAGCGCAUGGAAGAAGAGGCAAAGAAGCGCGAGAAGCAGGAGGCUUACGAUAUGGAGCGACGAGUGUUCCAGGAGCAACAGGAGAAGUUCUGGACAGAUGGCAGUAUGGAGACGAGUCGCGUCAAUGAUCGAGACAUUGAGCUGCAACUCCAAAAGUUUCGGGAAAAGAUGGAUGCUGACGUGCUCGUGUGUGACUUGUGCUGCAAGACGUUCAAGUCCACAAAACAGUUGCAGAACCAUCUUGUGUCGAGAAAGCACCGUGAGAAAGAGGUGGAACUUGGCGUCGUCAGUGCUUCCAGCGCCUUGGAUGACGAGAUGGAUAGAGAUCUGCGAGAGGAGCUCGUUGCUCUUGGCAAAGUCAAGCUUGAGUCGGAUGGCGAUGAUACGGUGUCUGCCAAGUCGUCUACAAAAGCGAAGCCAACUGAUGAAUGUGCCGAGCAGGAGAAAGAAGAGGGGGAAGCUGCACGAAAGAAAGCUGAGGCUGAUAGUGUGCGAAUUGAAAAGGAGCAGAAGGCAGCCGAGAAGCGCCGGGAACGCAAAGAGAUGCGCAAGAACAAGAAGAAGGAGCACGUGGAAGAGAUCGUGAGCAGUGCGCGCUCGAAAAAGGAGAAGAAGGAAGAAGACGGAGAAGACCAGCGUGGUCGCGGUAAGAAAAAUGGCAAGAAGCGUCGAUAG